UUUUAUGGUAUAUGGCACUCAUUUCAAAGGUACUUAUUACAAUCCAUAUAAAGCAAAUCUCAUAACAAAUUCGACCAUUGUGAAGAAAAGUAAAAUGGAACCACGUCAAAAGUGUUCGGUAAAAGUAAUUUUGACAUCUAUAAUAAUUGUGUGUGUCAUAGUAGCUGUUGGUGUUGGUGUUUUUUUCUACACUACUCGAACUAAAUGUCCACUUAAAGAAACACAGGAACAGGAUGCCAACUACAAUUUUAACGAUUCAACACCAGCAACAGCCAAAUGGGUUAAAAAUGAAGAGAUUCAGCUUUUCCGAAGAUACUUAAGAUUUAAAACAAUAUCUCUCGAAACUGAUUUCGACCCAUGCAUAAAUUUCUUGAAAAAACAAGCCGAUGAUUUAGGUUUUGAAGUAUCGAUCUUUCAUCCUGUGAAUAAACAAAAUCCAGUACUUGUUAUGACAUGGAAGGGGUCUGAACCCGAGCUGCCAUCUAUAAUGUUGAAUUCACACAUGGAUGUAGUUCCAGCGGCCGAGGAGUAUUGGACGCAUCCACCGUUUGCAGCCGAAAUCGAUGAAAACGGGAACAUUUAUGCUCGUGGCGCUCAAGACAUGAAAUCCGUCGGAAUGCAAUACUUAGCAGCAGCAAGAGCGCUAAAGCGCAAAGGAAUAAUUCAGCUGAAACGUACAAUUCAUUUGACAUAUAUGCCAGACGAAGAAGUCAGUGGUUUUGGUAUGGGACCAUUCGUCGAAAGUGAUGCAUUCAAAAAAAUGAAUGUUGGUUUUGGAUUAGACGAAGGUUAUCCAUCUGAAACUGAUGACAUUGAAGUAUUCUACGCAGAAAAACCAGAUUGGGUUGUCAAUGUUGUUGCACAAGGUCACUCUGGUCAUGCUUCAAUCCUUUUUGAUGAUACCGCUGCCGAAAAAUUAAACUAUGUGGUCAAUAAGUUUUUGGAGCUUCGUAAGAAUGAAACGGCAAAAUGGAAGGAACAGAAAUAUCCAUAUGGUAAUGUGACUGCUAUAAAUUUAACCAUAUUAAAUGGUGGAUUUAGAGACAAUGUAGUGCCGCCUGAAAUGCGAGCUGUCUUUGAUAUGAGAAUGGCCAUCGAUGCUGACUGGGAUGAAUUUGAACGAAUGAUCAAGCGUUGGGCGAGAGAAACAGGUAAAAAUGUAACCGUUGAUAUUAUCAAGGACUUGAAUCCACCACCAACACCUAUAGACGAUUCAAAUUAUUAUUGGCUUGCAUUCAAACAAGCGACCGAUGAAUUACGGUUGAAUGUUACGCCUUCUGUAUUUCGAGCAGUUACUGACAGCAGAUAUGUUCGAAAUGUGGGAAUUCCAGCAUUGGGUUUUUCGCCGCUCAUGAAUACAACACCAAAGUUACAUGAACAUGACGAAUAUAUAAAUGCAGAUACGUACUUGAAUGGAAUAAAGAUCUACGAGAAAAUUAUCGAAAAAAUCGGAAAUGUCGAAAAAAUGCCAAUUCGAAAGAUGAAAAUUGGUGAUGUGAAUGAGUUAUCAUCGUCAGAAUUCGAAAAAGUGUUUAAAAAUGUGGUUGAAUUGUGGCCAAGAGCAGCAAAAUCAGUUGUGCGACAACGUCCAUUUGGUGACCUGAACCAGUUAUUGCUUGCAUUUAGUGAUUAUUUGGAAAAUUUAAGCGUCGAUGAUAAGUUGGCUGUUUUAAAAUCGCAUCCUGAUUUGGCUGGAAAAUUACUUGACGAGAAUCAGCUGUCCCAAGAAUCGGCCAACGAACAAUCUGGAGCUGGACUGCAUUUAAUAACGGACAAGCAAAAAGAACAAUUGGUUAAAUUGAACACCGAAUAUUCGGAGAAAUUUGGAUUUCCAUUUGUGAUUUGUGUUCGUCAAAAUAAUAAAAUCGAACGAAUUUUGGAAGGAUUUGUCGACCGCUUGCCAAAUACCCGAAACGAUGAAAUCAAAAAUGGAAUCAAUGAAGUGAAAAAAAUUUGCCAAUUACGCAUUGAAGAUCUUGUUGAAUAAUAAUAAUAAUAAUAAUAAUAAUAAGAAGAAGAAUAAAAAUGCUCCUCAAUAAAGUUCGUUGUCUACUUUGAGUAUUUACGACCUGUUAUCAUUA